AUGGCCACACCACCUUUUCCUUUAUUACCUUCUUCGCACCCAAUAUCCGUUCACACAGCUCCACCUACACCAGCCGUCGUACCUCCUCCACCGCCUCGUUAUAGUGUUUAUUCUAGUGACCCACGAGCUCACCUAAUAAGCGGGGCUAAUUCUCCGUCGAAUUUUUAUUUUCAAUUUUAUUCUACUUCACCAACCGGAAACGAUCAAAGGUUCUUUUCUAAAGGUUUCGAAAAUCAGUCUCCGGUCUGCUGUGAUAAUAUUCUUCCUCCGAUAAACACGUCAACUCAGUUGGUCAAUGACUUUAACACGUCAGUUAGUGAAAUACAUAGUUCUGGUAGUAUGUUCGUAUCACCUCAACAUAGUGGAAGUCAUUCACCUUCAUUAGUAAAUAGACCGCGACGUGACCAAAGACGUAGUAGUGAACCCAAUUAUCGAGUUAUGGAAUAUGGUACAAUUGAUUCACCACCAUUACCGCGUAGUGUUUAUUCCUCACCUAUUUCUACAGGUGGUUUCGUGUUUACUCAAGAAAGACAACCACCACCACCUCAACUCGAUAUGACACAAAAAUUUAAUAAUGAUCUGAGAUUAUCAACGUCCAUCACUAAUCAGAAUACUCACGCGCAUCGUAGAACUUCUACUUUGUCCAAAAUUUUGCAAACCCCCGAUGAUGAUCAGAUCAAUUCCAAGAGAUUGAGAUUUGACAGGAGGGAGGAUGGGAAUAGAGACAACGAAGAUGGUGAUAGUAGUGGUAGUUGCGGUAAUGGUUGUCCAGAGAGUAUCAGUCUUUCACCACUUCGUAUCGCGCCUAUUCCCAACGCGAUGAGUACGUCAUCAAAUGGUUCACCGGUUACUACGAAUAGUAGUGAUACUGGUAGCAUGCUAGGUGAACAAGUCCCACAACAACCAAUUUUACGUCAAAACAAAGGUCUUAGACAUUUCAGCAAACAAGUUUGCGAUAAAGUAGAACUUAAAGGCGUUACCACCUAUAAUGAGGUUGCAGAUGAAUUGUCUGAAGAUUUUGCAGCUCAUAUGCAAGAACAUGGUGGGGUGGUCGAUCAAAAAAAUAUACGACGUAGAGUAUAUGACGCAUUAAAUGUAUUAAUGGCAAUGGAUAUUAUCGCGAAAGAUAAAAAAGAGAUCAGAUGGUUAGGAUUACCAGGGCAAAAAAAUAAUGCGAAUUUGGCUUCAUCGUCUGCGACGGAGGCCGAAAUCGAAAGGCAAAAAUCUGAAAUUAGAGUUUUGGAGCAACAAAACCGACGCUUAAGUAAACAAGUGGAUGAGGCUAAAGUUGCUUUCCAAUACAAAAUAGCUAAUGUGCAUAUCUUGCAAUACAUUGGAAUGGAUAAAAUCACACCUGAAGAUAUGCAACAAUGGGUUAGUCCUGAACAUUUAAAGUGGAUUAUCACGAAACAGGGUGAAGAUGGGGAUUAUCGUAUAAGCUACGAACAGUGA